CCCACCACCACUACCGAAGAGUCCAAGCCCGAGGUCGAGAAGCCCGCCGCCCCCAAGACGACGGACAGUGUUUUCGCUAUGUUUGGCGGUGGUCCUAAGAAGGAGAAGAAGCAGGAAGAGGAGUCUCAGGAGGCUAAGGAUGAGCCUUCUGGUUCUGCUAAGGCGCAGAAGGAGGGAGGAAGCUCCCGAAUCCCCCGAAGUUCACUUCGAGCCUGUCAUUCGCCUCACCGAGAAAGUCGAGACUAAGACCAACGAAGAACUCGAGGAGCAGAGCUUCAAGAUGCGCGCCAAACUAUUCAGAUUUGACCCCACCAGCAAGGAGUGGAAGGAGCGUGGUACCGGUGAUGUGAGAUUGUUGAGGCACACCGAGAACAACAAGACCCGCCUGGUGAUGCGCCGUGACAAGACCCUCAAGGUCUGCGCUAACCACUACAUCGUCCCUGACAUGAAGUUGAGCCCCAACGUCGGAAGUGACCGUAGCUGGGUGUGGAACGCAACCGCAGAUGUCAGCGAGGGCGAGCCCGAGGCUGCUACUUUGGCUAUCCGUUUCGCCAACAGCGAGAACGCCAACCUGUUCAAGGAUGCCUUUGAGAAGGCUCGGGCGGAGAACGAGAAGGCCAUUUCUCAGUAGAGUCGCACGUUAUUCAGACUCUUGCUUAAAAAGAAAGAAAUAUAAUGAUUGGAUGCUCCAAAACCAUCACGUUUCAUUGUGCCCCGUCUCGAAAGAGUUUUGAUUGACCUGGGGCAUACCCCCUCCCCACCCACCAUAACUACAUCUAUGUUCUUCCCCGUUGCUUAUUCCCCUCUU